AUGAAGAGCCAUAAUAACAACAACACAGAUGUUUCUGUUACUGUUGGUGCUGCAGAUGUCAGUGCCUCUACUACACCCGACGAGAUUUGUCCCCCGGCGCUACUCCCUCAGCCACCACCAAUAGAAAAGGUGAGUCCCCAACCGCAGCCCACACCAUCGCUCCACGACGACAUUGAAGAGGACGCCGCAGAUGUGUGGGAUAUAAAGCGGAUGCUCUUUUCGCUGAAGGACCAGCACACUGGUGUGGUGUCACAUAUAGACGCCGCGGAGCGGCUACGGAGCAUGGCACUUCUAGAUGAGUGGAUGAUAAAUAAACUCUUUCACGACAGCGGCUGGUUGCGUCAGCUGCAAACGAACGGAGAGGAGGCGCCACGUUAUCGUAGUGUCGUGGGCGAAUACAAAAUUCUGCGCUACCUGUUGCACCGCUUUCUUUCAGAUGAGUCCAUGUGGUAUGAUGAAUUAAGCGAGCUAAUGCAAUGCAUUCUUGGGUGGAGGUUGAAAGCAAACGGAGGUGCUACUCCUGAUGGGGAUGAGGAUGAGACCAUCUCGCUGGGUGUUCCACGCACACUUCUCGCCGGGUCAGAGAAGAUGAACUUUUAUACCAACGGCGUGCAGGACGCCCUCUGGGAAUUUCUCCACACAAAGAGGGGUUCUUUUGGAGGGCCCGGUGCGCUCUGGUAUGCGUUUGUGGCAUCUCAUCGCAACAUGCUGUCGCUGCCGUCGCCCCAGCGCCCGCCGUUCAGUGGCUACGAGCACCAUCCCGCUCUCUCAGAGGCGGAGUUUGCUGAAGUGACGCGUCCCACAAGAGCGGCAGGAGACGACGAAGCUUCAACGAAACUGAUUCGCGGCGUGACACUGCACUGGCCAGAAGAGUGGAAUCCGUCGGCCACCGAGCAGGAAGUUUCUGCUGUCAAUGAUGCGGAUGCAACACUUCCAAGCGAUGAUGAACGGCGGAAGUUCUACUCGCGUGAUGAGUUCUACAUGAGCCUUGUGAUGCCGGAUGAAACGGCUUUGGCUGCGGUGUGUGACGCUCCGGUUGGUGCCUCUCUUUUGCCUCACGCUGAGCAGCAGGUGAAUCUCAGUCACACCCACCAGCGUGAAGAGCGCGGUCUCCUCAAUCCAGUAAACGGAGAAAUCGAGGACUUUCACCUCACACGCCUGUGGGACGUCUUUCAGAAGAUGAGGCUGGAGGACAAUAUAGACAUAUAUCGUGCAGUGUGCGGAAGGCUGGAGAGUAUGCAAGCGGAGGUUUUUGCGGACAUGAUGGCGAGAAAGGGGCUGUUGCUGCUCUUCUUCGCUCGUGAUGAGGUGAGGGCACUGACGUCACCUGCGGUGACGUAUCGGCGACUGUGGUGCCUGCACACGGAGCUGAACGUGUUGGCGUCAUGGGUCUCAUCGUCCUGCUGCAGCAGGCAAUCACCGCCUCCAUCUUUUGAAAUGCUCCCACUAUCUUCCAGGUUGUCAUUCAGCUGUUUCGCUCAAGAGCAUGUGCCAAUGCAGCGGAGCAUGUACCGGCUGGACACCGCAGCUGCGUCCCCUGCACAUCUAUACUAUCGAUACUGCCAGCUGUAUCCGCACAUCGCCGUGCGCGGUGGGUAUGACCCGCAGCCCGACGCAGCAAACAGAGUUUCUGAGAAACCUCCGGACGCACCAUCUGUGUUGCUGGAUCCGCCAGCGUUUCCACGCUUCGAAUGGCUCACUGAGCUCCAACAGCUGGCAUUCCAGUUUCCUUUCGAAAAUAUAGCCAGCUCUCCUGGUCAGAUAGGAUCAAACAUCAGUGCAACGGUUAGCUGUUCCCCCCAAAAUCCAUCUCAUUCUGAGGUAACGGAGACGUCAGAGCCCAACCCCACUGAUAGGCCUUCUACCGUAGUUAAGCGUCGCGGCAGGGCAAGGAGAGCGGUGGAACCGGUAGAGCCCGAGGCUGCUGCAAGCACUGAGGGGGAUCCUGUUAUAGAGGAGGGUAAUAAUCAACCCGGAAAGGAGGCUAUAUGGGUUUAA